AUGGGCACAGCAAAAAAGAACCUCAAAGCGACAAAAAAGUUCGAGAAGAAGCACCUCAAGGGUGUGUUAGAGCGGCGAAAUAAGGUAAAGAAGAUCAAGCAGCGGCAGCAGCUUAAGGAAAAAGAGAAGGCCAAGCGCGCCCUCGACGAUGAGUUCUACAAGGGCCCCAAUGGCGACGCCGACAAAAAGAAGCCCGGCCCCAACAAGGCCGCCGAGAUGAGCGUCGAUGACUUCUUCAAAGGCGGUUUUGAGAUUUUGUCAGAGUCUAAGAAAAAAGAAAAGCCGGCUAAGCUGGGCAAGAGGAAACGUGACCCCGAAGCUGAGGCUGAGGAGCAGGAGGAGAAGUCGGAGUUUAGCGAAAACGAGUCGGAUGUUUCUGAGUCGGACAUCACCGACAAUGACCCCAUCAGCGAGAGCGAGAGCGAAAGUGAAGGGGAGGAGAGCGAGGACGAGGAUUUGGGCAUGUCGAAGAGCGCCAUGGAUGCGCUCGCCGAGAAGGAUCCUGACUUCUACAAGUUCCUGAAGGAGCACGACCCCGAAGCGCUCGACUUUGACGAGAAUGCCGAUCUGGCCGAGAUCGACGAGCUCAGUGGCAGCGAGGACGAGGAACAGCCCAAGAAAAAGCAGAAGACGGAGGAGGGGGGGGAGGGGGAGGAGAAGAAGAAGAAGAAGAAGAAGAAGGGCAAGGAAGGCAAGGAUGAUCGGGAGUUGACCCGGGAGAUGGUCGCCAAGUGGAAGAAAUCGAUGGAGGAGACACACUCGCUCAGGGCGGCCCGCCAGGUUGUUAUUGCCUUCCGCUGCGCGGCCACCCUGCACGAGAUUGAUGAGGAUAACCCGCCGCGGUACAGCAUUACUAGUCCCGAGGUCUUCCACGACAUUGUCGUCACCGCGCUCAAGCACAUCCCCGAGGUGCUGCAACACCACGUGCCGGUCAAGGAAUCUUCGUCUGGUAAGACGUAUGUGCAGACCGAGGGCAAGAAGUUCAAGACGCUGUCGAUGCUCAUCAAGAACUUUACGGCGGCCAUCAUCCGUCUGCUGAGCACGCUCUCGGACGACGGCACCCUCAAACUUACUCUCUCAGCCCUCCAUCCUCUCCUCCCUUACCUCCUUUCCUUCCGCAAGCUCCUCAAGAUGCUCAUCAAGACUGUCGUCGCCUUCUGGUCGCAAUCAGCCAGCACCGACUCGACCAGGAUAACAGCCUUCCUGGUCAUCCGGCGUCUCGUCGUCAUCGGCGACAAGGCUGUCCGCGAGACAGUGCUCAAGGCCUCCUACCAAGGCCUCGUCCAAGGCUGCCGCGUCACCAACGCCAACACGCUCAGCGGCAUCAACCUGAUGAAGAACUCGGCCGCCGAGCUCUGGGGCCUUGACCAAAACCUCGGCUACACCACCGCCUUCACCUCCAUCCGCCAGCUCGCCAUCCACCUGCGCAACAGCAUCAUCAAUAACAAGAACCAAGCCUACCGCAAUGUCUACAACUGGCAAUAUGUGCACUCUCUCGACUUCUGGUCAUGCGUCCUCUCUGAGCACUGCAGCCCCCUGAAAGAAGCCGAAGCCGGCAAAGAAUCCCCCCUCCGCCCGCUCAUCUAUCCCCUCGUGCAAGUCACUCUCGGCGCGAUGCGCCUCAUCCCGACCGCGAUCUACUUCCCCCUGCGCUUCCAUCUCAUCCGCUCUCUCCUGCGCCUGUCCCGCGCAACGGACACCUACAUCCCCCUCGCCUCGGCUCUCCUCGAGGUCCUGCAGUCGGCCGAGAUGAAGAAACCGCCAAAAUCAUCCACCCUGAAGCCUCUCGACUUCGCGACCGCCUACAAGACGCCCAAGUCCUACCUGCGCACGCGCGUCUACCAAGACGGCGUCGGCGAGCAAGUCGUCGAGCUCCUCUCGGAAUUCUUCGUCCUCUGGUCGCGCAACAUCGCCUUCCCCGAGUUUGCCCUCCCUACCAUCGUCGCGCUCAAACGCUGGAUGAAGGAGAUGCGGAAGCCGGGGAAGGGCAACAAGAACGCGAAGCUGGGGUCCAGUCUGGUGGUACUCGUGCAGAAACUGGAGAUGAACGCCAAGUUUAUUGAGGAGCGCAGGGCCAAGGUCGACUUUGCGCCGAAGGAUCGGGCGCAGGUGGAUGCGUUUUUGAAGGAUUUGGAGUGGGAGAAGACGCCGUUGGGGGCGUACGUGGUGGCGCAAAGGAAGUUGAGGGAGGAGAGGAAGAGGUUGAUGGAGGAGGCGAGGAGGGAGGAGGAGAGGAAACGGAGGGAAGAGAAGGCGGCUGAGAGGGAAGAAGGGAGUGAGGAGGAGGAAGAAGAUGAGGAGAUGGAGGACGCAGAGGGGGGAGAAGGGUCGGAUGAGGAUGAGGAUGAAAAAGGAGGAGGAGAGUGA